GCCGCCCCGCCUGCUGUACCGCUCGCCGCCGUGGGUGUGGGCGCCGCCAUCCCAGGGGCUGGAGCAGCCAUGGGGGCAGUGGUGGCGCCCGGAGGCGGUCCCGCCCCUGGCAUGCAGCGGAUCGUGGUGGCGAGCGACGGCCAGCCGGGAGCGCCCUCCAUCGGGUCCGACUGGAGCGUGGACGCCACGGCCAGUGUCAUGGGCAAGUUCGCGCUGGUCAAGCUUGGGACGGCCACCCUCGUGCUGGAGAGCAUCGCGGUCGGCAACAAGAAGAAUGUGCUGGUCUCGAGGAAGGGCGAGCUCGAGCAGGCGGUGGACCGAGCUUCUGGGCCCGGUCUGCCAGGAGCUGGCCUCGGACCUCAAGCGAUUGGAGACGGGCCGGCGGUUGCAGUGCCGCUCAAGUCGGCUGACGCUCGAGUGCUGCCCGUGCUGUGCGACCAGACGGGCCAGAGGUUCAGGGCCUACACUAAUGCCGUCGGGCUUCUGGAGGAGCCACGGUUCGACGACUUCCCGGUGGUUGGCCCAAGAACGACUCUCUGGCUGUGCAAGUUCAUCAGAGAUCAGGGGGGCGUGCCCCGCACCAGGACCGAGAAGUGGAUGCGAGACGCACACGUGCCGGACAACGACAGAGUCAAGCACGAGCAUGGCAGUCUCAUGGAGAUUCUUGAGACAGCGCUCACAUAUGACCAGCUGGACGUGUCUGCCCUCGCCUCUUUCGAGAUCCUGUCGAGGAGGAUUCAGCUGCUGGAGGAGGCGUACACGUCCAACCCGAAGGCGCCGCGGUUCGAGGGGAGCGAGCACUUCCAGGGCCUUGGCAGGAAAGUCGCGGCCGUGGCGCCGCUACUCACCUCGCGCGUGGCGUUGCAGCUCCAAGGCGAGGCUGCGAUCCAGAAAGAACGACGCAAGGGCUGCGACGAGUUUUUGACCAAGGCAUGGCGGACGGUCGACAGCGUGGCCCUCUACCCCUGCCUCGACUUCAUGAUUGGGAAGGCCCUCGUAGCUCACUCAGUCGUGGCGUUCAUCAACGUAUUUGCCGGCGUGCUUGGAUCGACAGGCGCGCCGACGAGAAUUUUUUUGGGUCUCAGCGUGCUUGGGGGCUUCGGUGACAAGUCGCCCAUCGGUCCUGGUGGUGAGCAGGCUCGUGCUGCUGCUGCCCGGGCUCAUGAAGCGGUUGAAGCUGUGCCCAUGCCUAAGGAGAGACCCGCCCCGCAAGAAGCCCUCGCGGCGCUUCUGCGUACAGACGCCCGCUAUGGUGACAGCGAGUGUGCCGGGAACAUUGCACCGUUUGGCUCGGCUUCAGUGUCUCCGCCGAGUCGCGACCUGCACGGGGUGGGCAUCUACAACGUUCUGCCCUCGGACGCGUCGCACAAGUUUAAGCGGUUUCGCGACGCCAUCCUUCUCAGUGACGAGGAGUGUGCAUUGUGUAUCAAGAGCGAGGGACUGCCCAAUCCUUACUUUGACCCAGUGCUGGAGGCACAUCCUGCGAA